GGGAAAAAUAAAAUAAACAAACCAACAAAUACACCUAACAUAACAUAAGUUGAUAAUGAUGAUAGUUAAAAGAUAAAAAUGCAACAGACUUACUUUAAAUAUAAAAUAAAAUAAUUUGAAUAAUAAAAAUAAAAAGCAUGUCUAACCAUUUAAAGAAAAAGAAUACUGAAAAAGAAAUCAAUUUAAAAAGCGAUAUAGAUGCAAAUCAUUAUCAGUAUUGCAUAAGUGGUGUAAAUGUCAAGUUCCCUGUCAAAGCUUAUCCAACACAAAUUUCUUUGAUGUCUAAGAUUUUACAAAGUAUUCAAAAGAGGCAAUGUUGUUUAUUAGAAUCACCUACUGGAAGUGGAAAAAGUUUAGCAUUACUUUGCGCAACAUUAGCAUGGUUGUAUGAAGAGAAAGCGCAAAAAGAGGAAGAAGUUACAAAUGUUCAAGGUAUCAUCAAAGAAGUUAGCAAUGUUCAAGCUAACAUCAAAGAAGCCAAUAUUGUUCAAGCUAAUAUCAAAGAUAAUGUGCAGGAAACAGCAAAAAAAGUUAUUUCAAAAGAAGAUGAUGGCGAUGAUUUUAAAAGAGAAGCCAAAAAAAUACGAAAAAAUAUUACUUCAGUUAAAAAAAUUGACAACAAUGAAUCUGAGAGUAGUAUAGAGUUGCUUCCAAACUAUGCUCCUGAUGAAAUCCCAGUAAAAUUAGAAAAGCGAAAAAAAAUCUCAAAAAUAUAUUUUGGAACUCGUACACAUAAACAAAUCACACAGAUUAUUAGAGAGUUAAAGAAAACAGCAUACAAGGAUGUCAGAAUGAGUAUUUUAAGCAGUCGAGAGUAUACCUGUAUUCAUCAUACUGUUUCAAAAAACAUAAACAAGAAUGAAGAAUGUAAAAAACUAGUACGUGGAAAUGAGGGAAAAAGUUGCAGAUUUUACAAUAAUGUACAUCUGCUUUCCAAAAAUAUAGUUCAAGAACAAUGUAAUCUUACUACAGCUUGGGAUAUUGAAGAUUUAGUUGCUGCUGGGAAAAAAAAGAAGGCAUGUCCUUAUUUUGGUGCUCGUGAAUUGAGUAGAACAGCUGAUAUCAUCUUCUGUCCAUUUAACUAUCUUAUUGAUCCUGUUAUUAGAAAUCAAAUGUCAAUCAAUAUUGAUGAUGGUAUAGUGAUCUUAGAUGAAGCCCAUAAUAUUGAAGAUGCAUCCAGAGAAGCAGCCAGUUCAAUUCUUACAGUUUUAGAGUUAGAAGAAGCAAAACGUGAUUUACAAUACAUGAUUGAUGCAAGAGUUUCUAUUGAUGCACAUACUUGUCUCAUGAUGUUGUGUGAUGGCAUGUUGUACUGGAUAGAAAGUGUGAAAGACCAACUUGUGCAGCAAGGGUUUGAAUAUGAGGCUAAAGUUUGGACAGGCAAAGAAAUUAUUAAAAUGUUUCAAAAUGCUGAAAAGUUGCAUUUGUCUUGCGCUAGUGUUAAACUUUAUAAGGAUCAACUGAUAGAGCUAACUAAUAAAGAGCAACAGGAAAAUGUAAAUACAUUUGGAGAGGAAGAACUUUGUAUUAGUUCAAAAACUUUGAAUACAUUUUUAAAUUUAAUGAAAGUACUAGAAAAGUUGUUUGACGAAAGCUAUGAUUACAGCAAUGAUUACAGAGUGAUUAUAUCACGCACUGCAGUCAUGGUCAAUUUAAAUAAUGAGAGUGUUGGUGGCUGGAAAAGUAAAAGCAAAUAUCUUGAAAAAGUGUGGACAUAUGAGAUAAAAUGGUGUUGCUUAAAUCCUGCUGUGGUUUUUUCUGAAGUUGGUCGACACAGUCGAUGUGUUAUUUUGAGUUCAGGGACAUUAUCACCAAUGUCAUCAUUUGCUUCAGAACUGGGUAUAGAUUUUCCAAUCACUUAUGAAGGCAAUCACAUUAUAUCAGAUUCUCAAGUAUGGGUUAGCACUUUGUCAGUGGGACCAAGUGGAAAUGUCAUAAACGCAAAUUAUACAAAUUCAGAGACAUUUUUGUUUCAAGAUGAUAUUGGGAAUAUUCUGCUACAUAUAUGUGAAGCGAUUCCUCGUGGUAUUCUGUGCUUCUUUCCAUCUUAUCACAUGAUGGAAAAAUUACAUAAAAGAUGGGAGGCAACAGGAUUGUUAGAUAAAAUGUCUGCUUUCAAAGUUGUAUUUUCUGAACCAAGAGGGAAUGAAAAAAAAGUAUUUGAUGAAACACUUAAGCAGUUUUACGAAUGUGUAACAACAGAUAAUGGCAAAAUCAAUGGAGCUUUAUUGUUAGCAGUCUGUCGUGGAAAAGUAAGCGAAGGAUUAGAUUUUAGUGAUGAUAAUGCACGAGCUGUAGUGGCAGUUGGUAUCCCAUUCCCUAAUGUUAAAGAUUUGUCCGUCACAUUAAAACGCAAAUACAAUGAUCUUUACUUUUCAAAAGGUUUACUUAGUGGUAAUAAUUGGUAUGAACUUCAAGCAUUCAGAGCUCUCAAUCAGGCUUUGGGAAGAUGCAUACGUCAUAAAAAUGAUUGGGGAGCAUUGCUAAUGAUUGAUGUCAGAUUUUCAAAAACACCCAAGUAUGUUGAUGGUUUAUCAAAGUGGAUACGUACCAAAGUUAAACAUUUCAAUGACUUUCAAACUUGUUUUUUAUCUGUAUGUGAGUUUGCUUAUGGUCAUCAAAAAGACUUGAAAAAGGAAACAUCAAUUAUUAUAGAUAAACAAAACAAUACUUCCAAUUUUUGUGAAGAAAGGUUAAUUGCAAAUGAACCUAAUUUGACUGUUUCUUGUUUUGAUGCGUCUAAAAUCAAAGAAAAAAAUCAGGAUAAAAUCAAUACAAUGAUAACUUCAUCUACCUCAAUCAGUAUGAUGAGUAAUACAAUUAAAAAUAAUGUAUCUUUACAAGCAAAAGAUAGUGUUGAGAAAUCAAUUGUCGAUUCUGAUUUGAACAAACUUGAAAAUAAUUCAAUUUCAAAUUCUUUAAAUGAAUCAAAAACUAAAAAAAGUUUUCUUUUUCGUACGCCUACUUCAGCUUUUUUUAACUCUAAAUACAGUGAUGUUAAACAAGAAAAACUUUUGGUCGAUUCCUCUCUUUUAACCAAAGACAUAAACAGUUCAAUAAAAAUGGCAUUUUGUGAGCAGUCACAUGAUUUCAGCUCAUUUAUUAACAAUAAAACACACUUUGACAGCUCAUUGAGUUCGUUUGAUCACAAAGCAGAAGUAUCAUUUCUAAAUGAUACCUCCUCUUUCAUAAAUGAUACCAACAAAACACUUGAUUAUGAAUUACCUGAUGUUUCAAUUGCACCACUUGUCAGAAAUCGGAAAAUAUUAGCAACCCAACCUAAGAAAAAGUUUAAAUAUCCUGUGACUAACUGUGAAAAAUUGAAUGAAACAGAAAUGCAUAACACUGACUCCAUUGAGUGCAAUGGUUCUGUUAACAGGAAAAAUAUUGUUCAUUCAAAAUCUGAGCCUAAAAAAGCUUGUUUCAUUAAUCCUUAUUUGGAAAAGAAUCCUAUGCCAAAUGAUUAUUUAAAGAACAAUGUUGCGUCACCAGUGCUGUUUCAUCUGCAGCAAGAUUUUGAAGAGCCUUCACAUUCUACUCCUAAUGUUUAUUUAGACAGUGUUGUAGUUAAUAAUAAUAAUAUUAGUAGUUUUAACAAUUUGGUUACUAUGUCAACACAAGAUGUUUUCUCCAAAAAGCAAACAAAAAUUGGGCUUAAAUGCAAAGGAAAUAUUUUAUCGAAAUUUGAACAGUCUGUUUUAGAAUUUGAUGCAACAGAUGUUUGUGAUCUUGAAAAUAAUACGAACAUUGAUGUUAAUACAACCACUAAAUAUGACCAAGAGAGUUUAACUGAAAAAAUAAUAAUUCCUCUGAAAGACAAUUUUGUAAAUUUUAGCAGCAAUUCAGUUCCUUGCAUUCAAAAUAAAAAUUUAGAUACUAUUCGAUUAGAAAAAUUAGGUUGGCCUACUUUAAAAGACAGAAAUAUUGAAAAUGAAUAUAACAAAUUUGCAGAUAAAUCUUUCAAUAACAUAGUAACUAAAAAUGAAACAGACAUUGAAAUAAACAAACCUAAGGUACAACCUCUCAAGCAGAAUGAGAAAUUAGAGACACUUAGUUUAGCAAUACGUCGUAAAAAAAGAAACUUAAAGAGAAAUUUAAGAGAAACCCAAAAGACCAAAGAUGAAUUUAAUUGGAGUCCAGAGUUUCAUUCUUUAAUUUCUGAAAAGAGUGAAUCUAAAAGUAGCAACCAUCAUUUACUUAAUGACAUGAGUGACUCUUUGUUUUGUUUAAUUUGCAAGACAAUUCUCAUCCAAGGUGAUUUUGAUUCAUGUUCUGAGUCUAUUCUUUCGAAGAAAGUUAUACUACUUAAAAAAAAAAGCUCUUGCAUUCAAUUAAAUCUAAAACAAAAUUUUAAUGGUUUUGAAUUAAACUCGUUUUUUGAAAAUGAUCAAGUAUACAUACCACUUUUUUGUCCUAACUGUGCAGUGACUGUGGAUUAUGAAAACUUGUCACCUGCUGGUGUUAAUGUUAUUAGUAUGAAUAAUGAAAAGAAGCCACAGUCUUAUAUCUUUCAAGACAAGGUGUCAUUUUCUUGAUAUGUAGUUCACCAUCAAUCACAGAUUACUAAAUAUUUUGGUUUUGAAAAUUGGAAAUACAUAAAUAAGAGUAAUUUACUUAUACGGAAAGUUCUUCAACUUGAUUAUCAAUGUCUUGCAUUGGUUUUGGAUGGCACAAACUUUCUUCUCUCCAUUUUUUUUCGAUGGCGCGGUGACUCUGGAACUGGUUGAUGCAUGCUUUACGCAGUGCUGUAAGUCGAGUAAGAAAGCUGAAGAUUUUAAUGAUGCAACUAGUCAUUACGAGUAUAUAAAUGACUUUUUGCGCUUUCUGCGCUUCAAUGGAGUCAUGUUUGCGUGUAUGCAAAUACCCGCAAGUUCCUAAAAUCGGCAUGUAUACAAUAAUAAAUGAUAACGUUAUAUACCAAUAUGUGCCCGCUGCUCUUUUUUCCAUUUUGUAAAAUGUCAAAUCUGGAUUAUAUUGAGGUUUUAACCCCGAUUGGCCGGCAGAAUGCUCUUUUUGUAACAAUAGUCGAAUUGAAUUUUUCCGAGAAUUGCGUAAAUGUAAUUGAAAAUAGCUUACCACUAUUAAAUUAAUGACUACUGUUGGGCUUACAAAACAAAUAAACGUUAUUGAAAGGUAUUUGCUAAAGUCCGAGUAGAAAAAGUAUAUUGAGGUUAAAAAUGAAAUUAUCCAGCUCAAUACCACGGCUACAACUACGUAGAAAAUGCGUAAUUUUCUGUAAUACUUAGGAUGUCUCAAUGAUACAACGCGGUCAGCUGCCAAGAGAAUCAUAGUUAUUAAGUAAACUUUUGAUAAUAGUACAAUACUAUACCUAAAAAAUAAAUCUGUGUUGCUCUGUAUUCCAAAGCCUCUUAGUUUUUGAAUAUUAAUGUACAACGAUGUUGGACAGAGAACUAAUGCUGUGAGCAAAUCACUUAACGAAAUAUUGAAUAAAAUGGCGUGGAAUUUUGAAUGAAAACUAGAGUUGUUUAUAAUUGCAUAUAACACUGCAGCAUUCAAAGGAAGCGUGCUUACUAUCACGAAGCUUGAUAUUACGAAAGAGAUAAAUAUCCAAAUGGUCA